AAAUGUCAACACAAAUUAAAUAUGCAAAUGGCGACCUCAUUUGCAUAGUUAUUGAAAAAAUAUGAACAGGUUGAUGGAUAUGCAUAAUUUUUGUUAUAUAGAUAGCCUAAGUGAAGACUUACAUAAUGAGAUAAUAAUUAUGCAAAUUAACAACUAAUUUGCAUAAUGAAUUAGAAUAUUGUUCAACCUUCCUGACCACUUUUACAUUUUACACUUAGUACAUGUUCAUUAAUAUCAUAUUUAGAGAUAUUCAUUGAUUUAGACAUGGGGAAAACAUGGUGUGAUAUUCCAACUUAGAUAUAGUAAACCUUUUAAUUAAUUCCAAUGUUUCUGUUCUGUUCCAAUAUUUUAGACAAUCAAAAUGGCAUCUGCUAUUGCCGAAUUUUACAAGGUCAAGAAUGUUUUCGUCACCGGGGCAACGGGAUUCCUCGGGAAGGUCCUUGUUGAGAAGCUGCUACGUUCCUGCCCAGAAGUGGAGGGAAUUUACUUGUUGAUCAGGCCAAGAGGAGACCAGACUGCCCAAGAGAGGUUGAACAAGAUUGUAGAGAGUAAGCUCUUUGACAAAGUUCGUCAUGAACAGCCAACCUUCCACCGCAAGCUGCACGCCAUACCCGGAGAUAUGUGUGAACCCGCCUUAGGUAUCAGGCAAUCAGAUCAAGACAUGCUGGUGUCAAAGAUUCACAUCCUUUUCCACUCUGCAGCAACAGUUAGAUUGGAGGAUCCCCUGAGAACCUCCAUGCAGCUGAAUGUGAUAGGGACACGGGAUGUCAUCGCCUUGUGCCACAAACUCAAACACCUUCAGGCUUUUGUGCAUGUGUCCACUGCCUAUGCCAACUGUGACAGGAGUUACAUCGAAGAGACUAUCUACCCUCCCCCUGUGCAGCCUCAGAAGUUGAUUGAUGCUCUGGAAUGGAUGGAUGACACCAUGGUGACUAAGUUGACUCCAGACUUGAUAGGCAAAAGACCCAACACCUACACCUUCACCAAGGCAUGUGCGGAGUACCUACUGACACAGGAGGCGGCUGACCUGCCACUGUCCAUCGUCAGGCCUUCUAUCAUUGGUGGCUCCUGGAGAGAGCCUCUGGCGGGCUGGUGUGACAACUUCGGUGGACCUGUUAACCUUUCUGUUGCAAUUGGGAAGGGCUUGCUGCGGACCAUGCGGGGAGAGUAUAAUGCUUCUGUCGAUGUUGUACCAGUAGACUUACCUGCCAACCUGAUGAUUGCUGCUGCCUGGGACACUGCUGUCUCCAGACCAGAGAACAUCCCUGUGUACAACUCCACAUCAGGAGGUGUCAACCCGUUACGAUGGGGAGAGUUCAGUGAGGGCACGCUGGUAACUUACAAGAAAUACCCUCUUGACAAGCCAUUCAGGGCACCCAACUUUGCAUUUGUCAGCAACAGUUUCAUGUACCAGUACUGGCAAGUCGUCAGCCACAAGGGACCGGCUUACCUGUAUGAUAUCUGGCUCAGGAUGAUCGGACAGGAACCAAGGGGCCAUUCCCACUGGCUUUUUUGGCUAGGGGUUGCUCCCUAG